AGUUUCAAUUUCAGCUUUCAUUUUCACUCUAAUUUAGCCAUUCAUGGUCAAGGCUGCCCACUGUAGUUCAAUUAUCUGAUGUAGAGAAGUUCUUGAUUGUGAAACUUCCAAGCAUAAUUGCUCUCUAGUCAUCCUUAAAAUGUGCUCAAAAGGAAAGACUGCCCUUGUGGCCAGUGCUGCUCUUACAGUUGGUGUUGGUGGUUAUUAUUUAUUUCAAAAUAAACAAAGCAUAAGUUGGGCAAUAUGGAAGUGGAGGCUGAAUAGAUGCGUGCACAGCACCACUCGCCGCGUUGUGGUGGUGGCUGACUUGAAGUCAUGGGCAAACAUAGAAAAAGAGUUACUCAGCUCAAGCUACUCCCUUGGUUGCAUAGGCUUUGAUUGUGAGUGGGUGACGGGAACUGGCAUUAGGCGCCCUGUGGCUCUUGUGCAGCUGGCGACACACACCGGGCUUUGCGUCCUGGUCAGACUUUCCCAACUGACUGAUCUCUCGGAGAAAUUUUUGGAUCUGCUCCGUGAUCCCAUGGUACUAAAGAUAGGAGUGGGCUGUGCAGAGGACUGCAAGUUGUUGCUGCAGGAUCGUGGUAUUGUGGUUAAUGGCGCUGUGGAUCUUAGAAUUUUCUUUGCCUCUAAUGAAGCUGUGAAGGAACCUAAGAAGAAGAGGAAGAAGAAGAAAUGCCAGCUCUCUGGAGCAACGAAUGAUGGAAAAGACAACAUUGAAAAUCAUUCUGACUUGAAUGGCUCAAAGCCAGAUACUUCUUGCUCAAUCCCUACUAAAAUUCAUGAGUCGUUUGAUAAAAAUUCAAAUAAUUCUUCAACUGACCCUGUUAGAUUGAAAGAUAUAACAAAGAAACUAAACUGUGAUAAUUUGUCCACACCCACUGGCAAGUCGUUAAAUAAACGUGUAGUCACGAAUUCACUACCAAAUGAAGAUGUCUGUUUGAUGACUUCUAAACCUUUGCCAGUUACUAUGCUACCAGAUAAAGUUUCAAAAUCAACAGCAGUUGCUGACCUGCCUUCUACUGUUACUUCUAACAACAAUCCUCGCGUGAGCUUCGUGGGGUUGAAAGGUCCUGCCAAACUUGGUUUAAGUGCUCUUGCUGAACACUACCUCAAGCGCUCUCUGGAUAAGGACUGGAGAGUCAGAGCUUCAGACUGGGAGGCAGAACAUCUAUCUCAUAGACAGAUCUGCUAUGCUGCUGAAGACGCACGUUCUGGCCUGCACGUCUUCCUAGUCAUCCUUGAAUUGCUUGUGACAACUCAAGAUAUUCCUAGCCUGCUAAGCAUGAGUCUACUGUCUCCGUUGUGCAGUUGGAGCAGCGCCACCCGGAACAUCAUUUUCUAUUUGGUCAACAAGUUUCAUUUUAACUUUGCCAAAUUGAUUGUUGAUUUUCAUGCUUGUUGUGGCAUGCUUAGUGUUACGAAUUACAUGUUAUGGUAUGUAAAAGAUGUUGUAUUUACAGAUGGAUGGAUGACAGCCAGCAGCAAAAAGCAUCCAAAGACUAUUAAUUCUGAGAACAACAACCAGCAACAGAAGAGCAAAGGCUACCGACGUGCUUACAGCCUCCGCAAGAGUCCUCUGUACCACAACAGCGUACUGUGGGCACCUGAUAACGAACCCUUGUGUACCGUGGACCCCAAAAAAGCGUACUGGUACGUUGAUAAUGACCUCGGUGAGGUCGUGCAAGAAGAUCCUCUCAUUGUGAGAUUGAACUUCGAACCAACUGGCAGGCCGCAGAAGGAAGGCGCUGACGGGUAUUUCUACCUGAAUGAGAGGCAGAACGUGUGUGUGGUGUGCGGUAAAGAUGAGUCGUAUAUUCGCAAAAAUGUUGUACCUCAUGAAUAUCGCAAAUAUUUCCCCGAAAUUUUAAAGUCUCACCAGAAUCACGACGUUGUCUUGCUGUGUACCGAGUGUCAUCAGCUAAGCAAUCAGCUUGAUGGUGUUCUUCGAUAUCAGCUCGCUGACCAGCACGACGCGCCCAUCGGCAACUCCACUGAUGUCAAAGUUAUCACAGACGGUGACCUCAAAGUUAUCAAGUCUGCAGGAAAAGCGCUCUUGAAAAAAGACUCGCAAAUACCUCCUACAAGAAUAGCAGAGCUACGUAAAACACUUCAAGAUUACUUCAAAACAGAUUUAUUGACUGACGAAAUGAUUGCUCAAGCCGCCGAGUUAGACGUUUCGAUUUUCAAUGUUUCCUAUGAGCCACACGGGCUGCGAGUCUUCAAAUAUUACGAGAAAAUAGGUCUUAUUCAUUUCGAAAAGUUGUGGCGUGAAAAUUUCUUGACUACGAUGAAGCCUAAAUUCAUGCCAAAGGGCUGGUCUGUGACUCAUAAUCACGAGAAACUGAAACUGAAGAUGUCGCGUCAUGCUUUAGAUGAUCCCGUCAGGGAGCAGUACAGAAUAGCGCUUGUAGGGACAGACGGAACUGUGGAUGUGCCUUACGUGCCUAAUUUGAGGAAACCUCAAGGGGGAAGCGAUGCUUUCUGCAAUGAUAGUGGGACUGUGUGUGAUAGUGGCCAUGUUCACGAUGAUGGUGAGACCGAGGGUAAUGAUGGCGAGACCGACGGAAAUAAUGAGGAGUCCGAGGAAAACUAUGUCGUGACCGAGGAAGAUAUUGGCGAGACCGAAUGCAAUGGCAAGAUUCCAUAAAACAGAAAUAAGCAAAAUGCUUCAUGCGAUGAUUGAAAUCUACACAUGAUAUUGCUGAUACGUCGUGCUACGUUAUGGACCUUGGAGAUCUUCUGAAUUUACGUGACGCGGUACAUAAAAUGCACCGUCGAAGUGACAAUUGUGGUGUUUGUCCUGAAAAUAGUUAAUAUCAAUCAGGGUUUAUCGUGUAAAUUUUUUAGUAACAAAUUCUUCAGAUUGUAAGGGAAGACAAUUGUUUCCACUAAUGCCUAGAUAUUUUCCCGUAUCUUAACUGGCUCUUCUAUGUUGAAACGAGCUACACGGUACAAAUUGUUACCUAAAAUUAAGCAAGAAACAUUCAACUUCACCAAAGAUUUCCAACAACUUGGAAAAGAAGGGCAACAACUCGCCAUCAUCACUUGUAUGUGCAAUUCUGUAGUGCAGGCAUUAGUGGCCUUCCGUCCAUUGACGGUUUGAGUGUAAACACGUCGCGUUCAUUAAAUAAAAAUAUUUCCAGUAGCCAUAUUCACCAUAUUGACUGAGUAUAUGUCAGCCCUGCACAUUUUGCAAUACUAUUCGUUUAGUAAUUUAUAGAUUUUAUUCAAAAUACUCAGUAUAAUCCGUUAAAUAGAAGUUUCCUCAGGAACGCUACAACAUUUUGGCAAAGUUUAACUCACUUGUGUCAGGUAUAAAGUUCAUCAUUUAUUAUAAAAAAGGCCCUGUGUGAUAUAUUUGUACUAUCUCGAAUAUAAGAUUUAUUACAGAACUCUGAUUGCAGGCGCACUGGCUGCAGGAAAAAGCGAUUGCUGCUCAAUAUUUGUAUUCCUCAAAUGAGCUUCUGGAUUUCGUAUUCUGUCGUCCAUUAUUUUGAGUAAUUUUCAACGUUGUUCAAUGAUAUGAAUAUUUAUUUAACAAAGUUCAAGUGUGCAUGUGUUAAAAGCCUGGCACCGGAUCUAAAACUGAUAUUAGAUUUUGAAAUUUUUGACAUAAAUUUAAUUUAAAAAGCACAAACUAGUUUUUUUUUACUUUUUGAAACGAGUGUAAAAUGAAGUACAAUCUUCUAUGUAAAAUGUGGGUGUGAUGUUUUCAUUAAAUAUAAUCAAUAAGCUUUG